AUGGUCUUUUCCAUUCUCCUGGUAACCUGUCUACUGGGACUUUGCCAUUGCAGGAGGUCCAAACUUCCCACUGACGGACUCUUUAUCGAGGUUCUAGACGACUAUGUAGAGGAUGAAAUAGUGACCAGUGAAUUUGUAGAGGAGACAAAGAAGAAUAGAUCGAGUGGCCAAAGGCUGGUAUGGGAUCUUGCUAAUGGAACUGUCUAUGAAGCAGAGUAUACACAGUCUUUGGAUCAUAGACGUAAUGGUAGAAAGGUAGAAGAUGUAGCAGUGGAUGAAACUCCAGUUACUCAAACAUCUAGACACACUACUACUCUUAAUAUUGCUAAACCAGACGAACAAUGCAACUCCUUUGACUAUACCUUUACUGCAAACAGAGUUAAACUUAUUGUUCCAAAGAAGAACACUACAGUUAUAAGGUUAGUAGAUGGUGAGAAAGAAAUCUGGAUUCCAUCUACUGGAGAGACAUUUGGCCAUGCCAGAGUAUAUCUUAGUAAGGACGGUAAAGCAGAGCUAGUACUUGUAGUAACUAAGAGAGCUGAUACUUCCAAGGAAACUUAUAUAGAGCUAAAUGGUGAUAACUGGAUGCCAUGUAAUAAUCAUGAAGAAAAGAUGAGAAUUUUAAUGGCGCCAGCGGAAUGGAUAUCAGACUUUGAACUUGAUCUUUCCUUGGCCAAUAGUACUAAUGAAUGUAGCAUUUUUGAGGCAGAUCUCCUGGGUAUCACUACUAAACACUUUUAUCCCAAACCAGGGUACCUUGCCAAAGGAAUAAGGGACAGUACCAAAGAGUUAUGGAAGGCUCAACCACAUUUUUCUAGAGUGGGAAUAAAAGGAAGGUUUGGUGGACCUAAUGAUGAUUACUGUCUUUCUUGUCUUGUUUAUAAGAAAGGUGAUAAGGAACUAAUGGAGAUGAUCACAGUGGAGAAUUUAUCAGAAGGAAGCAGGUACUUUGAGAGAGUUAGUACUGAAUGGAUAUCAGUCGAAAAGGAUAGUUUCUUGAAGAAGCUCGAUGAAAUGAGGUCUGGAUCAUAA